AUUUCUGGGGGUCCCUUCGCUCUUUUCUCAGCUACAAGUGUAGUAGAAACCUCGACUCCGCCACCGGACUUCCUCUCCAGCGUACACACCAAAUCCAAGUCCAAAUCUCUUUCUCUCUCUCCGAAGAAAAUAUGUUGUUCUUCUCGUACUUCAAGGACUUGGUGGGGCGAGAAGUGACGGUGGAGUUGAAGAAUGACCUUGCAAUCAGGGGGACUCUACACUCCGUUGAUCAAUACCUCAACAUCAAGCUCGAGAACACUAGGGUUGUCGACCAGGACAAGUAUCCCCACAUGCUUUCAGUGAGGAACUGUUUCAUCAGGGGGUCAGUUGUGAGAUAUGUUCAACUACCUCCGGAGGGAGUUGACAUUGAGCUACUUCAUGAUGCCACUAGAAGGGAAGCCCGGGGUGGAUGAGUAUUGUAUUUGCUGUAUUCUAUAAAUACUUGAUUCAGGUUACUCAUCGUUGAACUAUUGGUUGUAGAAAAUCAUGCAGUGUGAUAUGAUUUAUGGUUAAACAAGCCCAGUGAUUUUUCUCCUUAAGCUGGUUGCUUCCAUAACAUGUAACAUGUUGCUCAAAACCAUUGUCACAAAAUCCCUAUCUGUUUUGAUUUAGGAUCUCAAAAGGCUGAGACGAUCCUGAUGCAACUAAAAUCUUAAAUUAUUAAGAUCCUAAGAGAUACUUGAUUUAGAUUGGAAGCUCUAGUAGUAGUAUUGAAUUGUUUUUAAUGAUUUUAUCUGUGCAAUGUGAAAUAUUUACGUUCA